GGAUCCGCGUCUGCUGAAGGACAACACUGCCUUGACGGUGGUGGCCAGCGCAAGUGCGGACAAGCCGUUGCCAACACCACCAGCCAUGACUCUCGGGCAGCCAGAGAUCAAUCGCACACUCCUCGACGCCAGAGAGAAACCGCUGACGAUCUCGACCAACGUAGCCGAGUUCGACUGGCCAGCACUGGUACCGCGCUCUGCGAGUGCUCCUCCUGCCGACCUGGUGAAUGAGAGUCACACCGAGACUCUGCGCCCACCAAUGCCGGUAGAACCCUCAACAAAUUCCGACCAAAUGAACGAUGUGGCUCGCUUGACGAGCACGUCUGAUGCUUUGCUGACUGACUCUAUCUGUUUAAGGUCUUCUACAGUAUUCAGUGCCACAACGAAGAAACCAACCAUCAGUCGCGCAAUGUCGACUAAUGCCAGUGAGCGGAGAACAGACGUCACCUCUGUGCUCAGCUAUGAUGGCUCUGAGGACGGCAGGAUUGCAACCAGCCCAGACGGCGGCGUUACUACGUCAAGGUGGACGGCUGAACGUCAUGAGCGUAAGACCUCCAGUGAUAUGCUGCCAGGAACGGCGGAACUCCCCUCAAAGCCUCCGUCAGCCAACCGCUCAGCUUCCAGUAACCUCGCAGUAGCUCAGAGCGCACACGUCCUUACCGAUUCGCGCCCGCACUCACCAUCUCCCGCCAGCUUCUCCCGUCCCAGACCGAGCAGUGCCGCCAAGGGCCGCAGUCUGCCGUCGCCCACAAGCACUGCCGCCAUUGCUGCCAAGGCCCUGAGGGCUGAGAAGACUGCUUCCCGUCUUCCCAUCCCUGACACGAGGAAAGCAACGCUUGUGGAUGUCAGGUCCUCUCGUACGUCAGCCACCAGCACGCGAAAGCUGCAGCUCUCUCCGACAUUCGGCAGGGGUCGGCUAGAUCUACCUGAGACAUUCAAGAUCCUCGAUCAAGGUGUCAAGAGACGUCAACGUUCGCAACCCAAUCAACCAGGUCACAGUUUGACAGCUACAUUGUCACACGCAAGCUCUGCUUCCGGUCUCCACGAUGCAAGCGAAUGCACGGAUGCUGAUCGCAGCUUUACAAGCACGCCGGACCAGACCUUCGCGACCACUUCCUCGGACGAGGAAGAGCUCACCACACCCACCACUUACCAACCGACUGGCUACCCUAGACCCAACUUUUCCGUCAAAGUGCAUCACACGCAGGGCGACUAUGAGACUACGGCAUUGGACUUAUUCAAUAACGCAGUGUCAGCGCUUGAGAAGUCACCACCGUCCAACAGUCCCUACACUGAGCCUCUGCAAACGAUCCCUAGCCAGGUGGUUCUUCCCUCAUACUCGAGUCUUGAGGAGCCAGGUCCGACAGCACGCACUGGACUGCCACGUGAACCAACCAUGGUGGGCCAGCCUUUCCUGGAUGUGUACAAUGACCUUGCCGGUGAGCGUGUAAUCCGCACCGUUCAAACAGACCCUCGAGACACGAAAGCGAGUUCAAUCACAGACUUGCUAGACGACUACGCCGCUGAUGGUGGCCAUCUGAGCCUCGCCAUGUUUGAGGAGAUGGGUGAAGACCGCAAGCGACAAUUCACGCGGACGUACUCCCUGCUCGAAGGUAAAGGAACUCCACCAAGGAUUCACGUCGGCAACGAGGAUGUACGGGAGAUGUACAGCAAGAUCAUGCGCCGCAUCGAGAAGUCGUCGCCGAAGAGACCUUCUUCACUUGACAAUGCAGCACCUGCCGACACAUCUCUGGCCCAGGUUGGCAAUAUCAGCGUUACUGGUACUUCUAACCUCGUCUUCGACGAUGUCUCGAAUUGCGAGCCCACAGAGAUAUUUACAGCUUUCAAGCGCCACCAGCACGACGAAGCAGAGCUUCAGCCAACCGAGACAGGGGUCAGUAAGUGGUCUGAGAGCACAGCGUCUGUCAAGCGCACUUCGCCUGUUGCCGCUCAAGCGCCUAGUCAUGAAGGUACGACGCUUGGCAGACAGCCAGUCAUCUCCACCUUCCCUCCAAGACGAUCACCACCUCACCCGCCGCAGUCGAUUGGCUACCCAACAACGGUCCCUUCAAAGGCUUACAAGCUCAUCGGCCCAGGUCAGUCUGGUCAUGUCGGUCCAGCCGGGUCGUCCCAUAGGUACAAUGUGCUUCCCGCCGGACAUGGCAGACACCAACCUGGGUCAGUGAAGCACGCUCGAGACACUAUUGACCAGUCAAUGGCACGCUUCGCUCGGAACACCUCAUCAACGCAGGCUAAGCGGAGUACCAAGUCUGCGUCCAAGAUGCCGACUCCGAACACGAAGCUGCUUGAGGUUGCAUCUGACGACCAGCGUGGGAGAGUCGCUUCGAGUGAGGUGAGGCAGUCUGUGACAGGCCAUGCGAAGAAGACGAAGGUAUGUCCAAAGCAUGCAAGCAGUCGUACUCAAGGACAAGCUGACCUUGAGCCAGCCGACAAGAGCUCAUUCAAAGGGCCGCCAAGUGCUCGACAGACUGCAUACUCUAUGGACGAAGAAAGACAAGCGGACCUCGACCGCUCAGUCUGUGCUUCAGAGCAGCAAGAACUUCUCGCUUGAGAACCGCGGAUCGGCCACCAUUAAAGACAUCACCGAUACAAGACCGCCACGUGCUAUUGCCGUCGAGCGGGCUUCGUCAGCUCAGCUAAAGCAGCACCCCGCUCUCCGAGGCAAGUCGAGCGAAGCAACGAUGGCAAGUCUUGACACGCU